UUGGUUUGUAUCUAAUGUGACAAAUCCCUCUUUCUCACGCCACAAGAAGGGAAGUUCUAGUCUUUCAUCGAGGGAAAAAGAGAGUUAGCGAGCUUUGAGUAGAAAGCAAGCAAAUAAAAAGGAGCUUAAAAAACCAGACUUUCAACUUUUCCAAAGGGCCAAGUAAGCAUAUAUACCACCAUGAAAUGAGCUCAUGGAAACACAAAAUUAUAGUAAUUGUUUAGACGGUGCACUAAUAAUACCUAUAAAAUACACAUUUAUGAGAGACUUUUUCUGCACUUUUACCUUUCCUUCAUGAAUACAAUACAUCUCCAACCAAAUAUAGCAGUGCAUCAUCAAAGUUGUCACCCAAAGAAUCAAUCUUUAUCCCAAACAGAACCCCUUGUCUACUCUUCCCCAAAGUAUCAAUCUUUAUCCCAAACAGAACCACUUGUCUACUCUUCUUCGUUUACUCUUGGCAAUUCUAUAGGUUGCCAAAUAGCUUGUAUAUGUAUAUAAAACCUCCCAUCGUUCUAUCUUUAGGUCUUUCAGUGCACUGGAACUGGAGUGCAAUAUAAUAGUGAAGUAUCUGGUGGCAUUGCAGUAACAGCAAGUGGAUCAUGGCAACAAGCAGAGGAAGAAUGAAUGUUGGAAUACUAAUUUUCUGCCUGUCUUUAGCUACUAUUUCUUUCACUCAUUGUGAUGCAGAUAAAUCAAUAAGACUAUUGAAAGCCCCUAAACACAGAAAGAAUGUAAUCAACACGAAUCCAAAGAAGUUGAAAAUAAUGAAACAUUUUGAUUUUUACCCAUCUAUAUAUUCAUCAAAUGCACAACCCUACAGUAUUAGCUCUCCAUUGUCUUUGCCUCCUUAUGAAUCAAUAGCUCCAGAAAACAGCCCUCCAUAUUGUGUAUAUCCACCACCAAGUAGCAGUACUCCUUCUAUCAAUGUUCCACCAACACCCACAGGCUCUCAACCUACCCUACCAUCACCAGAUCUUCCAGCCCAAAGCCCACCUCCAACCCCAACAACCAUAACACCUCCUUACUAUUACUCUUCACCUGAUCUUCCAGCCCAAAGCCCACCUCCAACCCCAACAACCAUAACACCAAGCCCACCAGAAAAUUUUCCAACACCUACACCAACACCCGAAACUGUUCCAAGUCCACCCAGUAAUAUACCAGGCUCACCAGAGCCUAUAUUUAAUCCACCCAUCAUUUAUCCAGGCCCACCCGAGUCAUCGACGAGCCCUCCUUAUUUUGAGCCUGCCCCACCAUACUAUGAACCCACACCACCAUUCAUACCUUCCCCUACUGGCGGCAGUGGAUCCAUCCCCAGCCCACCAAGUACUUUUCCAUCUCCUAGUGGAGGCACUGUCCCAAGCCCUAGUGGAGGCACUGUCCCAAGCCCAACUGUGUUUCAGCCACCCGUGGUCUAUCCACCACCAAGUGUCCUGCCGCCUCCCAACACUGCCCCACAAGCAACCUUGUGGUGUGUGGCUAAGGCUUCAGUUCCGGACCCAAUCAUUGAAGAAGCUAUGAAUUAUGCUUGUUGGUCAGGAGCGGAUUGCACUUCGAUUCAGCCCAAUGGGCCUUGCUUUCAGCCCGACAGUGUAUAUGCACAUGCUUCAUAUGCCUUCAAUAGUUACUGGCAGAGGACUAAAGGUUCUGGUGGCACUUGUGAGUUUGGAGGGACAGCCAUAUUGGUUUCGGUUGAUCCUAGCUACGAUGGAUGUCACUUCAUCUACAACUGAUCAUGGGAAUUUGUUUUAUUUUUCCUUCUGCCUUUGGAACCAAGCAAUGUUUGAAGAGUGGAGACAAUCUUUCUUCCAUAACUCCCCGUUUUUCUAGUGAAAAUAUGUUAUCUCACAGACACAACACAAGCAGAUUUUGUAUUUUGUAGGUAGUGUAGAAUAAUAUCAUUAACUAUUUUUCUAGUUUAUUGUCGUUAUCUAAGUAAAUUAACUACUUUGUAGUACCCAAAAUGGAAAAAAUGACAAUCACCAAUAUUAAUUUCCUCUUUU